GUCACCGGCUGCCGACUGCGGAAGUCCCUCGGCUGCUACAGACAAUAAUGAUCUCUGUUAUGGCUCAGUUAGCUAGAUGGGGAUAGAAGUUUUGGCACCUGCGAAGGCGUCAGACAGUGCUCCGUGAGCUGUGGCGACAUGGAAGUACCUUGCUACCUGUCCAAGCUGCUGUGCGAGCUCAAUGAGCAGCGGAAGCGGGAUUUCUUCUGUGACUGCAGCAUCCUCGUCGAAGGGCGGGUGUUCAAGGCCCAUCGAAAUGUCCUGUUUGCUGGGAGCGGUUACUUCCGGGCUCUUCUGGUUCACUAUCUGCAGGACAGCGGUCAGCGCUACAGCACAGCAUCACUGGACAUUGUCACAGCUGAUGCCUUCUCCAUCAUCCUGGACUUCCUCUACUCGGGCCGCCUGGCCCUGAACAGCAGUAAUGUCAUCGAGGUGAUGUCGGCAGCCAGCUACCUGCAGAUGACCGAUUUGGUCAACUUCUGCAAGGGCUAUAUCCGCUCCUCCUUAGAAAUAUGCAACAGAGAGAAGGAGAAGAACAAAGAGAAAGAGAACAAGGCACAGGUUGGAGAUAGUGACUCUCCUGCUGUGAGCAUCUCCAGCGCCUCAGGGGCCGUAGAGCCUCUUUCACAAGUGGUUGAGGCUGACAGAGGGACCAGUUUAGUCUCAGAGUCCGUGGGUUCAGCUAGAACGCCCUCUUCUGUCCCCAUGGCCACCCCCCCAGUCAGUAGCAGAGACCCAGAGAGUGGCUAUAGUUCCAGAGGAGACUUCCCCUCCGGGAGAGAAGGGCAGAAGGAGCACAUAGAUCAGACCAACCUCUCAUCCUCCUCAUCCUCUGCACUGACCCCAGAGUUAGUGAAUCCCAAGAUUGAGUAUGACCCAGAUGAAGAGCUGGUGGAGUCGCCUGACACCAAAGACCUAGCCUUGUAUCCUGGUCCCCCUCUGCAUCACCCCCAUCACAGCAGACUACUUCCGCCCAGUCCCUCUCCCAGCAAUGAACGCUCCCCCUUGGGAUACAGCACCUCCAUCAAUGCCAGGCCGUUUUUAGACGUACUGUCCAGAGGCGAAGGCUCCAGUCCUCUUGGGGACAGAGUGGACCAGCGCUUUACCCAUGGACUAGUUACUGGGAAUGGAGGAGGCAGAAUGGAUGAAGGACUAGGGCUGGGAGGAUCAUCUAUCAUGGAGAUCCAGUCUGAUUGGUUUGGAGAGGAUACAGGUGAUGGCUUGGUAGUGCCAGUGAAACUCCACAAGUGCCCGUUCUGUCCAUACACUGCCAAGCAAAAGGGAAUCAUGAAGAGACACAUCCGCUGCCACACGGGGGAGAGGCCCUUCCCCUGUCCCAUGUGUGGCAAGAGGUUCACAAGACAAGAGCACCUCCGCAGCCACGCCCUCAGUGUUCACAGGCACUGCUGGCCAGUAGCUUGUAAGAGCUGCAGGCGAACCUUCACCGGCUCAAACGUUUCCGCGGGACUCAGGCGCUUUGGCAUCUGUGACAGCUGUAACUGUGUGACCACUACCAAUGACGACUCCGCCCCCAUCCACCCUGCCAGCCAACCAGAGCCCAUGGAACGCGGGCACGGGGCAACAGAUUGGUCCAGUUUUAUGGACGACGUAGACGAGGUGGAGGUUGGCAGAGUGGAGGACCUGGUGGAGAAACAGAUGCUGGAGAGGCAGCUGGCUGAGUCUGCAAUGAUGUAGGAGAUCCACUGUUUGACCAACAAAACCAUUCCUUGGACUGCUCUGCAUCAAAGUUGCCACCCCCCACCCCCCAACUAUGGCCAUACUGUUACCACUGUUCAAUUAUAACUGUAAGAUUUAUAUUAUUUAUUGAACCUUUUGUGACCAGAAAAAUGUUUUUUUUGUUGUUGUUGUUUUUUUGAAUGUUCAAGCCUUGUGUUAAUCAGUUCAGUGAUUUUUUUUUUUUUUUUUUUUUCCCUGUCAGCAUGUAGAUUACCUCAAGAGGUUUUAGGUGAUUUUUUUGUUUUUUGUUGGUUUGCUUGUUUGUUUGUUUGUUUGUUUUUUCACCUUUUGUCUUUUCAGAUAAUAAAUGUGCUCUUUAAUUUGACAUAGACACGUGCAGAGUUGUGAAGACCUCCACUGUCUCUUGAUGUACAUAGAGAGGAUAUAAUGAAAAUUCUGAAUAUCAAAGUAAUUUUUUUCUGGAUUAUGCGAAGGAGGAACACAAGAUUGAUGCUUCUCCAUUUUGUUUUGUAUUUAUUUCCCCAAAUUUGUGACAGUACAUGGAAAUCGAAAUACGCUUUGUGUUACAAUGGGGCUAACGUGGAGAUAUUUUCAAUAAAUGUGGUGUAGCUGUGGAUAUGAUUGUCCUUCAUACAUUUGUAUCUCCGUGCAGAUAUUUAUUAACUCCUUUCUGCUAAAUAAAAACAACACUUGACA